CUUCCUCCUCCUCCUCCUCCUCUUCCUCCUCCUCCCCAUCCUCAUCCUCAUCCUCAUCCUCCUCCUCGCUCCCCUCCCCUCGUCCGCCUCGUCCUCCUCCUCACUACAGCCCUUCGGGCUCGAGCAGUUUUGCCCCCGCGGCCGCGGCCGCCGCCCUGGCCUGCCCGGAGGCUGCUUGCGGUGGCGGGAUGGCCGAGGGGAGGGAGAAGGAGAAGGAGGACUUCUUCGCAGAGCUGCGGGAUGGCGACUUCACGCCGCAGGAGAUGGCCGCGAGAGACGCACUCCUCGAUCUCCUCAGCUGGAAGCCUGGGGUCUUCCCGCUCAUGGAGUGGAUCGACAGACGGCUCGGCAGCGAUCUGGUGACCAGCAUCGGGGACAGCGGCCUGGGCGAGAUAUCGCUGCAGGAGGACCUGGACGCCGUCGACGGCGAGCCGGUGGACCCCGCGGUCUUCUACGCUGGCCUGCCAGACGGGUCAUUCUCUCUGGAGGAGGAGGCGCUGCGGGACGCGAUCUUCGAGUUUCUGGCCUCGUGGAGGUCCCAGACCCUGGCCCACCUGGGAGACCUGGAGAAGGACAAGGGCGUGCUGGCGUGCAAGAAGGCCCUGCUGCCCCGCGGGGUGCCCCUCGGCGACUGGAUCGAGAAGCGCAUCGGCGGAGAGGUGGAGCUGCAGCAGGAGGCGAGCUCGCGGCCGCCCGUCAUCGUCCUGACGCCGGUGGCCAAGCCGAUCGUGGCCGCCAAGUACAACAGGAUCACGGGCAGCGACGCCGGGCCGCCUCCGCUACCACCUCCCCCGGCAUGGCCGCUGCCCCCGCUGGCGGCACCAGGGCUGGCCCCACCGCCGCCCCCGCCGCUCGCGCCCCCGGCGGGCUACGGCGGCAAGGGCGGCGGCAGGAGGGAGGCCAACCGGUGGGAGGGGAUGUCGAAGGACGCCUUCUUCGCCUCGCUGCCGGCCAGGGAGCUCCUGGCCGAGGAGCGUGCCCUGCGGGGGGAGAUCCUCAGGUGGCUGGAGCAGUGGCCGAAGCGGCGCGGCAACGCCGGCAAGGUCAUGAAGCUGUCGGACUGCGGCCAGGACGUCGACGUGCACCGGGUGAGGCAGGCGCUGCUGCCGUCCUCGGUGCAGCUGCGCGAGUGGAUCGAGCGGCGGAUCGGUGGGGAGGUCGAGCUGUCAAAAGACGAGCAGGGCUGGUUCCUGAUCUGCCUGCGGGGGCCGCCGCCGGGCGGCGCUGCCAACGCUGCUGCGGCGGAGGCGUUCUUCUCCGGGCUGCCACGGGGCGAGCUGAACGAGCAGGAGCAGAUCCUCCGGCAGUCGGUGCUCUUCUACCUCGAGCUGCACUCGGGGGACGAGCCAGGGCCUCUGCUGUCGGAGGCAGGCCAGGACCCAGCGGUGAUGGUCGCGCGGGAAGGGUUCCUCCCCGAGGAGGUCACGUUGCGAACAUGGCUGGAGCGGCGCCUUGCCAGCGACGUGCAGAUGGUGCAGGACCAGAAGAGCGGCGUCUGGCUGAUCCAGCCCGCUGGCUGGGUGCCGCCGCCAGCACCGCUCAAGGCGGACGGGCCUCCUCCGACAAAGGAGGAGUUCUUCAGCAGCUUGCCUGCAGAUAGUUUCCUGGACGCUGAGGAGGACCUGAGAGAAGGCAUCCUGACGUUCCUCGAGAGCUGGAAGGAGAGCAUGUCCCCGACGCUCGCGAGCGUCGGGAAGGACAUCACGGUGCGGAACAGCAGGGCCAAGGUGAUGCCAAAGGGCACGCCGGUGACCCUGAAGGAGUGGCUGGAGCGGAGGAUGGGCGGGGAGAUCGAGCUGGCGUCCGACUUCUCCGGCCAGCUGCGCUUCGGCUUCCGCGGGGAGCUGAGGCUGCCCGCCGCUGCCGGGGGCAAGAGGAAGCGGGCGAGCCGGAGCCCCGGGGCCCGCCGAGAAAGGGCGCCCGCGCGGCCGCGUGAGCCGAGGGGGCCCCCGCCCCGCCCGCGGCCGAGGGCUGUGUGUGCGGAGGGCGCCCGCCCCCGGAGCGGCCCUGGGGCCCCGUCGGGGGGGCGUGCCGCUCUCCUCCCGCACUCGCGUCCCCAUCUGUUCCAGGGCAAGGGAAAACCGAAGAGCUCGAACAGGGGAUCGGCUACAGAGUCGAUUCGAGUGCCCCAAAAUGGGUUUCCCCUCGAGGCUACGACGCACACGUAGAAUGCUCGCUCCGUAGAUCUA